AUGUCUUCCGCAGUAGCUGAACUGGAGAAUCUUCUCCAAUCCAUGCUAGCUCUCAAGCCGCCUGGUGUCUCCGGCUCAAAGAUUGGUGGCAUCACAAACUUGUGCAAUGCCAACGUGCAGAAUGAAUCAGUUCUCAUUCAGAAAAUUUACACUCACUUCAAGAAGGCCCCGGGCUCCCACAAGCUGGGUGUGCUCUAUGUGGUAGACUCAGUAACUCGACAGUGGGUAGAGGCCGCACGUAAGGCCGGACAGGUCCCUGGAGGCGAUGCUCCCGAUGGGACCUUCGCUGCUGGUGUCAAGCGUGUCACUGAUCUUUUGCCUAUCUUGAUGACGGACAUUAUCAAUAAUGCCCCCCACGACCAAAAGGACAAGAUCAAGAAGUUGGUCGACAUCUGGGAACGUGGUGCGACAUUCCCAGCUCCGAUGCUCAAUUCGUUCAAAGAAAAACUCAAUGCUCCUCAAAGUAAGUCCUCAAGGAUGGCACUGCGUUUUGCCGAUGCUCACAAUUCAUUAGAUGUCGAAUCAAACACCCCCGAAGGAUCGCCUGCACCGAACGCCAACCCGAUCGGAAUCCCGCAACAGUCGGCACCUGAUACCUCGAGCAUCCUGAAAGCUUUGGCCGACAUGGCAAAGCAGAACACUACCGCCCCUGCUGCCCCUUCGGCUCUUGCCCCGGCCAACCCUCUCGGUGCCUUCAACUCCGCCUCUGUGACCCCUGCCAACGACCCGAAUUCGCAAAUGGCCGCUGCCAUGAAUGCACUCGGCGCCGGUGGACCUGUCGCGUCUCCCUUCCCAGGUAUGCCCGGCAUGGCUCAGAACCCUUCUCUCCAGCCACAGAGCCAAAGCGGAACUCCAAUCUCGAUGGCCGCCGCGAACCCAUUGACCGCGAUGCUUCCUCAGGCCACGCAGCCUGCGGCACCUGAUGCGAACGCCAUGGCACAGCAGCUUCAACUUCUUCAGAUGCUCGCUGCUCAGGGUAUCCCCCAGGACCAGUGGGGAACUGCCCUGCAGCUCUUCAGCAUGACGAACAACAAUGGCAUGGGUGCUAUGCCCGGUAUGUCUGCGAUGCCUGGUAUGCCUGCGAUGCCAGGAGGCCCGAUGGCUGGAUUCAACCCGAUGCAAGGACAGAACGUUGGUGGAUGGGGUCACUCGGAUGCCCAGAAUAAGGAUGAUCGUGGCCGUGAAUACCCUCGCUCGCCGCCCACUGGAUAUCGUCGUCGCUCUCGCUCUCCAGGCUGGGACAGACGCCGCACUGCUUCGCCCCCUCGCCGUCGCGAUAGCCCUGUUUAUGGAGAAUAUGGAGAAUCCCCUGGUCGUCGCGGAGACCCACGUGAUGCGCGUGGCCGUCGUGGUAAUGAGUAUCGUCAGCGUAGCCCCCCUGGUGGUCGGGCUGGUGGUAGACGUCGCUCGCCCUCGCCUGCUCGUAACAAGGAUCCAAACCUGCCUCCCCCUGGACCUAAGUUUAUUGAAUGGGACUAUUCGAUUGGUCAGGGUAUGAUCAAGGUUUUGAGUCGAACUCUUUUCGUUGGUGGUGUCACCUCCUCGGAGGCUCACUUGCGUCAGCUGUUUGGCCAAUUUGGAGUUGUUCAGACUUGCAUUGUCAACGUGGACAAGCGCCACGCUUUUAUCAAGAUGGUUAGCCGCACCGACGCCAUGCAGGCACGUGAUGGAAUGGAGUCUUACCGUACUGGCGAGAUGCAACUUAGGACCCGUUGGGGUGUUGGAUUCGGUCCCCGUGACUGCAGCGACUACCAGACUGGUGUUAGCAUCAUUCCGAUUGAGCGACUGACUGAAGCUGAUCGUAAGUGGAUGAUUUCUGCGGAGUACGGUGGGACUGGUGGACGUCCUAUUGAAUCUGGAAUGAUUGUUGAGGAGCCCGAUAUCGAAAUCGGCGCAGGUGUUUCCUCCAAGGCUAUCAGCCGUCGUAUCGCCACUGACACUGGCGGCAAACGGGGCCCAAUCUCCACUCGCACCAACCCCAACACUCAGGAUACCCGUUUCGGCGGUCGUCGUCCGGAGCGUGAUGGAUAUGGUGGUCCUCAGAUGGGUGAUGCUGACAUGCCUAACAUGAACCAGGGAGCCGCACCUGCAGUUCCUUCCUAUGGUUUCAACUUUGCCAGUAUGCCCAUGCUGCCUCCCGGAUUUAUGAUGGGUGGUCAGCCCGGUAUGCCCGGUGCUCAGCCUCCUUCCGGUGGUCAGGGCAACUGA